AUGACCAACUUCACUAUCCAGAUCAUCUCCGACACCGUCUGUCCGUGGUGCUACGUAGGCUACCGCCGCCUAACCCGCGCAAUCGCAUCCCACAAAACCACUCACCCCUCCGACACUUUCACUCUCUCCUGGCAAGCCUUCUACCUCAAUCCCUCCGCAGCCCAAUACCCCGGCGUCGACAAACACCAACACUACGCCUCCAAGUUUGGCGAAGAGCGCGUCUCGGCGCUAUUUGGCCGAUUAGCGGCUGCGGGGGAGGACGAUGGGAUCAAGUUCCGGUUUGGUGGGAGGACGGGGAAUACGAGGGAUUCGCAUCGGGUGAUUUGGUAUGCGGGACAGCUGGACAAGAAGAGUGAGAGGAGGGGGCUGGCGACAAAGGUGGUGGAGGGGUUGUUCAGGGCGUAUUUUGAGGAGGAGAAGAAUAUUACUGAUCGGGAGGUGUUGGUGGAUGCGGCUGUGAAUGCUGGGAUUGGGAGAGACGAGGUUGUGAAGCUGUUGGAGUCUGAUGAGGGUGGUGCAGAGGUUGAUGAGGAGGCUGAGCGGGCGAGACGAAGGUUGGUGACUGGUGUGCCGUAUUUCACGGUGCAGGGGCACUAUGCGAUUGGAGGUGCUGAGGAGCCAGAUGUCUUUUUGGGGGUGUUUAACCGGGUUAAAGAGGAGAAGUAG